UGUCACCUGAAGUCAUUAAUUGCCUUAAUGUUCUUGUCUUUCUGUGAUUGAUUAAUGCCAGUUUCUUUCUCUUGGUUUAGUAUGGAUAUCAGCUACCCUCAGUAGGUGAAGAGGACGUGAUUUACUGCAGUGUGUACUUUAAACCAAUAGGUGACAAGCUCUUCACAUAUCCACUGUCCUGUAUUCGCACUCAGCCAAUACAGUGUUUUCCUAGAGUCGACCUGCAGGGGGUGCUGAGAACCUUUAUAUCAGAUCUGCAGGCUGAACUGAAGAGCGUGUGUGGUUUUCCAGUGCAGAUGACCUGUAAGCCUUGCUUUUACAACAGUGAACUGAACAGACCAGUUGCUCAGUACUCUGCGGGCCUGCCUGUAAACUUGACGACAGAAAACAGCAGCAGGGGUGUACUGAACCCACUUCCCAGCAGCAACCCACGGGACACAACACAACACCACUACAGUCAGUGUGACUCAACUGGAAAACCCACUGAAAAGAGAAAGAGGCUGAAUUUGGAUUCGUCUCUCCACCAAAAAGACUGGACUUCCUCCAACUUGGCAACCCAAUUCUCUUCCUCGCCCACAAAUGUUCAUUUUACUCCGAUUCAGGCACAGUAUGUACCUCCGAGACCAAAACUUGUGCCAGUCUUCAAUUGCAAACCUGUGAAUGCCACUGAGGUCUAUUCAGCAAACAGGCUGACAGCAGUUGUAAGGCCUUUGUCAUCGAUUUCUAUAUCGUCAUCAUCUGAGCCCCAUUGCUCCACAUCACCAGCUCGUGUUAAUCAGAUCACCAGACCUUCAGUCCCUCAGAGAAUGACUUUACCAUUUUCCAAGAGCAAGGCAGACACUAGGAUUCUCCCACCCCUACCUUUUUCACAGACAAUUCCCCAAAUCGUGCCUCAGAUCCCUAGUAAUACAGGGGGAGACAUGAUUCAGUCAAAACCCAAGAGGCUCAAACAAAGCCUGCAGGAUGUGGAGGUUCACGCAAGAAACAAUCAGCUCUCAAAGAUCAACAUCUCAACUCUACAUGCAUGGUUGAAGAGUCGGGGGAUCAAUGUGCGCUCAAAGGAUAAGAAAGAGGAGCUGGUGUCAAGGGUCAUGAGGAGUCUGAGUGAAAGUUAGGUGCGUUGGUUUGGGUUACUCACCUUAAAAGAAACCUUGCAUACUUGUUCCAUAGAUAAACUGUUCAGUAAGCUGCCAUGAGUUACCUAAUGUUCCUGCACAGCUUUUUCUUUUUUCAUGCAAGACCUUGUAAGCUAAAAUCUCUUGUUUAAUUGGAUCCAGAGAGGUGCAGAUAAAGGGGGAAAAGUAUUUCUUUGUAUGGUGGUUCUUUGUUCUUAGCUUGAUGGCCAUUUGUCAACCAUCAAACUCACCUAUUUAGUGCUCUGGCUUUAAUCAAGACCUAGAGGAAAGUAUUACCUCUGCCUCAGAUGUUUCUCUUUAAAUUCUUUAGAAGUUAAAUGAGACACAAAAGAGAUAAUUAUUGACAUGCAGUAAAAGUAUAGAGUUUCAUCAUUUAUGAAGAUAACCGUUCGGGAAUUUACUGCCAAAAAUUGAAUGUUUAGAUAUUAUUUUUUAGUUUUAUGGCAAAUCGCUUCGUGAGCAGAGGUGAACUUUGCAAUUUGGAGGCCUGGAUCAGAGAACAAGCCGGUUGGGUUUAUAAAUGUAUGUUU